AAGAGUUUUGUCAGUAUAUGGGUACAGAAAUCAUCGCUCCCCUUGUCUUAAUAACUACCUUCCAACAUUCCCAGCAGACAAAAGAAGAAGGAAGAGGUCAUGGUUUUUAGUUUUACUUGCAUAUAUAAUUUAUGGUUUGCACCAAACAAAAUUUCAUUCAUUCCUUUGAGAGAGUCAGUGAGAGGAUGGAGAUGGAGAUGGUAAUGGUUAAGAAGGAGGAGAAUGGUGGAAAGCGUCGUUCGGGCAGUGAGGGGGAGAUGGCACUCUCCAAAGCCAAGUGCAUAAAGAGGAGGAGAAGGGAGGUGGCCGUCAUGGUGGGGGACGAUAACAAAGAACAGCUCGACCCUUCUUCAACAACCACAACUGUCAAGAGGAGCUCUAAGUUUCGAGGCGUUAGCAGGCAUAGAUGGACAGGACGUUAUGAAGCACAUCUAUGGGACAAGGGUUCCUGGAAUGCAACACAGAAGAAGAAAGGAAAACAAGUCUAUUUAGGGGCUUACGAUGAGGAAGAAUCUGCAGCAAGGGCUUACGAUCUGGCCGCACUCAAAUAUUGGGGGACCACCACGUUCACAAAUUUCCCAGUGUCUGAUUAUGAGACUGAAAUCCAAAUAAUGCAAAAUGUGACAAAAGAAGAGUACCUAGCCACUUUAAGAAGGAAAAGCAGUGGCUUCUCCCGAGGUGUAUCCAAGUACCGUGGAGUGGCACGGCACCAUCACAAUGGCAGAUGGGAAGCAAGGAUAGGAAGGGUUUUCGGAAACAAGUACCUUUACCUUGGAACUUACGGUACCCAAGAGGAGGCUGCUGCAGCUUAUGACAUAGCAGCCAUAGAAUACAGAGGUAUCAAUGCAGUGACCAACUUCGACCUGAGCACAUACAUCAGAUGGCUACGGCCUGGUGUGAACACUUCCACUCCUCUCCAAGAACCAAGAUCCAGCAGUGAAACUCGACCAAACCCAUCCCCGUCCACCAUAUUUCCCAGUGAAGAACCUGAGCCGUUCUUGCACCGCAACAUCUUCGCUAUGGACAACAUGGGCUCCCCUCAGAAGCAAGAAUAUCACCCUCUGCAAAUACCAUAUGGGAACAGCAGGUCAUCCACAACUACUGCGCUUAGUCUCCUCUUCCGAUCAUCAAUAUUUAGAGAACUGGUGGAGAAGAACUCGAAUCCUACAGACAAUCAAACCAUCGAAGGGGAUGAGACAAGUCAUAAUCGACAACAUUUGGCUAGUGACGAUGAAUUUUGCGGGAUCUUCUACAAUGGGAUAGCGGACAUUCCAUAUGUUUGUUCUUUGAGUGGUGAUGUCGUGCCCAGCAUUGAAUUGCAAGAAGAGGGUGUAUCAACUUACUACGAUCAGACUGCAGGGUCAGUCCCCUUUGAGCAGUGUUUUUGAGCAUGUCUCCCAUCCAUUAACUAGCGUUUGAUGAGACAUCUUAGAUACAUCUCGUUCUAACUUCAUGGACAUUCCUCCUCCCUUUAAAAAAAUAAAAAAUAAAAAAAUUAUAUAUAUAUAUAUAUAUAUUACAAUCGAUUGCAUGCACCCCAAUUGUCCUCUUCAAACUUACAUGAAAUAUCCUUUUAGAGUCAUGUACAAGUGAUCCCGAGGUCAAGAAUAAAAUAGAAACAAGUCUCUUGUAUUUUCGAGCUAUGUUGCCUGGGAGUUCCAUCAAGGUGCACACCAAACAUCUUAUGGAACACAUUGACACUGGUAUAUAGUAAUUAAUGAAAGCCGGAAACAUCCUUGAACACAUAACUAAAAGAGCCUUCUUUGUACAAAGACGGAUUAAAGACAAGCACGUACUAUAGAAAACAUUAUACGUACUAUAGGAUCUUUAGAUAUGUUGGACAAUUUUUUAAGGAUGAGAUUAGAUUCUCUAUGGUUGUCGUCUCCAAAUCCUGACACCUAUAUUUAUAGGCUUCAUUCCUAAAAAUUCAAAAUUGAGAACAACUCCUUUUU